CAAGUUGCAGCAACUUUCAUUUCUCUCUAAACAAGACUCAAUUUACUACUUUAUUACUUCCGUUUCGUCCCUUGGGACCAGGAACUGUUUUUUAUGAUAUCGAAAUAAUAUCAUCACGAGCCCUUCCUAAAUAUCUGUUCCAGGGAACAGCAAAUAAUAAAAAAUAUAUUCACGCUAUUUUUACUUUUACCGGCCUGUUUAUUAUUUUUUCUUUUUGGGCUGUUUCAAAUUUGGAUGUCGUAAAAGUGGGAUAUUGCAGAUGGAGCAUUUCAUACUUGGAUGAUCACCAACUUUUCUCACUUUUCCAUCAUUUUUACCAUUCUUUCUAAUUUUUCCGCUCCUUUGUUGUUUCACUACGGGAAUCUAAAAUAUUUCAGUUACCUAAGCCUACAGAAUUCUGAGACUAACUGUAAGCAGAACAAUGGAUAUGUUUGGGUUUUUCCAAGUGACUUGGGUACUUUAGGCUAGCUGCACGGGUGUAUUAAGUGAUACAGUCUUCUAGGGUCAUAAUGGUCACGCUGCAUGCUUCCGUUCACCCGCCCGUUUUUAAACAUUGUUUCCUUGACAAAGACGCACUCCACCUAAUCGAUUUCGAAAAAUACUAAUGCCUAGAAAUUGCCCCGCUUUUCAUUUUUCGUCUCUUUCUUGGAGGCAAUUCCAAAUCGAUAUUGUAAAAUUAAUUGCUCCAGCCACAGGCUCAUUAUGAGGCUAUUGAUACCCCCGAUGAGCGUAAGGUCUUCAAAAAUUGGUUUCAACUUCUUCUUAUAACUUUAAAUUUCAUAAAUAGAUACUUUAGAGCAAAAUCAGCUUUUAACAGGCGUUUUUUUAAGUCCCCCUGGCAAAAAAGUGUAUCACCUAAACUUAACCUCUCUUUGGCAUCAUCAGAUAUCAUUUAGACCCGUAUUUGAUAAAAAAAUAUAUUAGCAAAAUUACUAAAAAAACGUAGCAUAACUGUUUCAAUAAAAAAUCAUAGAUUAUUGCCUGUUGCUCUAUAUUUAGAGAUGACGAUCAUGAUAAGCUUCCUAUUUUUAUUUUUUAAGGUAAUUCGGAUUACUUAAUUAACUCUCCACAUUGGUUUGAAAAACGAAAGCAUUCCAUUUUGUACUCGACGUUGAAAACUCGAAGCUUUUUCAUCCCACCCCUUCUUAAACACAAAAAAGCAUAAAACUUUUUUGUAGACUUCGAAGAACGCAAUACAAAAAAAGCUGAUGUAACAAGCUGAAAUAAAUUAAUAAAAAAAAAUAGAAAUUAUUCAAAAUCAAAGUUAGAAAGAUUAUAAACUACAGAAGGACUUCCAAUCACAGUAGAAAAUUCGUAAAAUCAGUUGAAAACUCGAUGCUUAGCAACUUAAGCUGACAAAAAAAAUAAGCAGUCAAAGAUAGUCAAAAAAUUCAAGUUUUCCAAGGAAAAAAACAUUAUCAAUCGAAAAAACAAGGUCCGACCGGGACUCUAACCCUAGACCUUGGGGCCCAAAGGCAAGGCUUUACCACUAAGCCAAGAGCAAAAAAGCCUGGUAGUUAUUAAGCUGUCAUAAGAAAAACAGGUCAAUUUCUCACAGAUUUGUUAGAAACUGUGUUAAAAAGAAAAAGUCUAAUUUCCGAUUACAUGUAAAGUACACAUUUUCUCGCCUGUGAAAUGGAAAUAACUUUAAAAAAUGUCCAUUUUUUGUACCCAAAUUUAUCUCAGAUAAUUUACAGGGCAUUUUGAAGAUUCAGGGAUUGGCGCUGACACCAACGGUUUUGUCUUCGUGUAGCAUUGAAAAUCGUUUUUAAAUAAAGUAGUGCAAUUGUAUCCAUCUAACUGGGGGUCAAAGCGCGUUUGCUUAUACCAGCUUUUUUUAAUUAGUCUGCACAGGUGCGAGAUAUUCACCGGAAGGAUUUUGGCGCAAUAAAUUUCCAGCCGAUACGUGCGUCCUUUUAACUAGGUUAACUUACUUAUAUUAUAUAAAAGCAGGUUUCCUUCAACUGGUAUAUUUGAUUUUACCCUCGGCUUUCAGUUUAAUUAUACAAAAUGGCCAGAACACUUUGAGUAAAUAGAGAGAAAGGUUUGACGUAAACCGUUUUUCCCAAACACUGAUUUUAUUCCAUUGUUUAUCCAACACUUUUGUUUAUUAUUCUAUCAAACAGCACCAAUUGGGCAAACUCGAUCAAAAAUUUUGCUUCCCAUUUUCCAAAUGAAACCUUGUUCUUUUGUUAUCAACGAGGAAGUAGUAAACUUUUCCUUUUGAGAUAGUAACUUAAUUGACAGGUUUUUAGGGCCGGUGCUCAGUGGCACGGCGUUUACUUGAAUAUUAGCGCUUCUCUAUUCUUCUUUUUAGCAAAUUAACUUCGCAAAAUGCUAUCGAAACCAUUUCAUUUUUUCUUGUCAGCAGUUUUAUCACCAUUUCAGUCGAAUUUCCCCUUCCCCUUCCCCGAACAGACUAAUCCUUCUUCCCAGCCGUGAUGAUUUUUUCUCUUCCCAUUGCUGAGGGCCAUUUUCCCAACGCCCAUUUUACACAAUCUGCCUUUUACAGCUAAAUUGGAAAAUUUCAUUUUCACCGCCGUUCCUAAACGCCGCUUAUCAUCGUCUUUGUCAACUACAAGAACUAACUGCUGUUAGCUGUUUAUUUACGUAAAAACAAACCAAACUACCUGAAGAAAAAACAUGAGAAGAACUAUAACCAAUAGAUGUUUCAAUUAUUCUAACCUUUUCUUUUCAUAUUCACAACAAAUCUUCACAAUUCACAACAAAUCACAGUUUUGAUGUUUUGCUAACGUUUAGAGCAAGAACAAACAAAAAAAUUUAAUCCUUCAAACAUGUGCCUUUAUUAAUUUUUCUGGAUGUCGUUGCUGCUGAUUUUACUGGUAAUUUGCGAUGUCAUUCACCGAUAUGGCAUUUCAUAAUCGUGUGGAAGCGAAAAAUGAAACGAGACGCGCAUCAUUUCCGAGAGACAGAACAACUUCGGCUCUUAACUCGUUUUUACCCUUUCAACACCACGAGUAUCCCGAUUACCUUCCGAUGAUGUCGGAGACUGACAAUCCGAAACUCAUUCGGGAGUUCUUCAACCGCCAGUCGUGUUCGUUCCACAGCGCCGACGAGCUGGAAUCGACAACUGCGCCCUUUCGCCGAUUUUCCGAGUGCACUGCAAAACCCGAGCAGAUACGACGCUUCCUUGCCUCGCACAGUUGCCAGCCGUCACUUCGUCGUACUACGAACGUAUGUCUGACGUCAUCGCGAAUGGGACAAGAGCCAUUCGGCGAGUCAGCUAGCCGAAAUGAUAACUCGUCGAAUUCCACGCUGACGUUAGAAGGUGCUACUAUAGAAAAUUCAACUUGCGAUGUCUUUGCAAAUUCGGUAAAAGAAAAGCAACUUUCGUCAACCUCAAAAUCAGAACUCUCUGAAGACAAUUUCGGUGCUACAGAAAACGACGAAAAAAUUAUUUAUUCACCUUCCUUCAUGAGUUCAAAAACGACGGGCAACUUCUCAAUUAGUUCGGAAACCGAGUCAAAAGAACUGGAUGGUAAGAAACCACCCGUGUCAGUAACAUUUUCCAAACCUCUUGCCUUUACGAAAUCCGAAGAACGUCCAAAUUCCGGUUCCAAUUCAACAAUCAGCGAAACUCAAGAAAAAUCAGCUCCCAGAGAAACCUUAGCCGAACCUGCCGUUAGCCCGAAAGUUAAGUUAGAAUUACCAUCUCGUUCCAUGGGUCCUUACCAAGUGACUGUGAAUGCCAAAAUACGACGUGCUUCCACAGACAGGCGAAAAGGGCGUGAAGACGAUGACCUCUCUGAAGUGGACGCUUCCGCAGUGCCGGAGGAGGUUCGAGACUGGCUGGCGUCCACCUUCACCCGCAAAAUGGGCACCGGCAGGAAAGACGGGGAGAAGCCCAAAUUCAAGAGUAUCGUUAACGCACUCCGAGCAGGCAUGUUCGUGGAGCGAAUGUUCCGACGCAUGUCUGGACUUCAGGGAUUGUCUUACCCGCCAGCCUUAGUGCCACACCUCAAGCGGAUAGACGAAUGGAACGUAGACAUGUUUGCUCUGAACGAGGCGGCCAACGGGUCUGCUUUGAAGUACGUCACGUAUGAACUACUGAACCGCUACGAUCUAGUGUCCAAAUUCAAAAUUCCAGUGAGCAACCUCAUCUCCUUCCUGGACCGUAUAGAAGCUGGCUACAGUCUACACGAUAACCCAUACCAUAAUUUAAUACAUGGCGCCGACGUCACACAGACCUGUCAUUACUUCAUGCUGCAGACAGGACUCAUGAACUGGUUGACUGAUUUGGAGAUAUUCGCAGUUCUGAUUGCGGCCUGUUCUCACGAUGUCGAACACACUGGCACCACCAACAACUUCCAUAUCAACACACAAUCUCCACUGGCGCUGUUGUACAAUGACAAGUCGGUGCUGGAGAACCACCACGUGUCCUACUUGUUCCGAGUGAUGAAGGACUUCCCAGAGAGCAACAUCCUCGGCAACCUCUCGCGCGACGACUUCAUGGAGUUCCGACAACUGGUGGUGGACAUGAUACUAGCAACUGACAUGAGUUUCCACUUCUCGCAGCUCAAGGCCAUGAAAACGUCGAUUAGUCAGCCGGAGCCGGUUGAGAAGACGAAAGCACUGGGACUGGUGCUACACACAGCCGACAUCUCCCACCCGGCCAAAGAGUGGGAUGUGCAUUACAAGUGGACCAUGUUGGUGAUAGAGGAGUUCUUCCAGCAGGGGGACAGGGAGGCGGAGUUGGGACUGCCCUACUCGCCACUCUGCGACCGACACACACUAGUCAUACCCGACUCCCAAAUUGGCUUCAUCAACUUCAUCGUGGCCCCUAGUAUGGAAGUGUGUGGGGACAUGAUGGACAAAAUAGUUGCCCCUAUCGACUUGCCCCACCCACAGUCCAGACAGGGAAGUGCCAAUGGGCCAUCACAGUCGUCACAACAGAAGAAGCAAAUGGUCACAUCCACAUCCUCCCUCAAUCCAAUUUCUGAGAAGGAAAGAGACCAACAGGUACGCCGGAAACAGUCGGGAAGCGACAUGCCUACGAAUAGAGGCGACCGAAACAACAACAACAAUGCUUCUUCCGGUGAAGUGGAAAACUUGGCUGCCUCGUUCGCCAUCAUCAGGCCCUGGGAUUCCCUCAUUGCAGCAAACAGAGACUCCUGGAAGCAGAAGUCAGUCGAAGAAGCUGAACAGAAAAAAGCAGCGGAAGAAAAAAAGAAUCAGAGUGAAAAAAAUGAGUUGGGAGCGGUUGAAGAAAUAAAUAAAAAGUCAUCAGAUUCAAAAAUGUCAGCUGAAAAUUCGACAAAAAAGGAAACGAAUUCACCAUCUUCAUGACACUAGAAGCUAAAUUGUUCCCACCGAAGCCUAAUUGCUUCACGAUUUUGAUAAAAGAAAUGGGAUUCGCUUUUAUUUCACGAGGAAGUUAGAAUAUUUUAUACGCAGCUCAAGGAAAAGGAAUUUCCACUUGCGCUAAAAUUUAAGAGUGGCUACGCUACCAAGCUGCUGGAAUUGAGAAGUUAUUUGAAUGAGAAUUGACAAAAACUACGUAGACUUAAAUUUGAAUUCAUGUAUGAUCAUCACAUUUGAUUAGAUGCUUUUAUAAAUAUUACGUUUCUUUUUACUUUAAAUUACUUCUUAGAUAAUGUGUGCAAUGCAUCAAAUUCAAUUUGUUAUGUA